AGGUGUUUUAGUAUUUUCACAUUAAUUUAUUUGUUAUUUCUAGAGUUAUGAGAGGUUUUUUAGUAAUUUAAUAUUUAUUUUUAAUAUUAAAUUUAAAAAAUUUAUUGGUGUUUGUUUUGUACGUGCCAACGUAUAUAUUAAUAACGAAUAUUAUAUUAAUAACGAAUAUUUUGGACAAUGCGUGCUACGCCACUAGUCAUUUUUUAACGAAUAUGUUAUUUUAUAAAUAUUUUGUAGAUAACCAUGAUAAAUGAUCGUAGUGAAGGGGAAGUGCAUUUAUCACUUCUGUGGCUUUUUUAAGAUAUUUACUUGGGGGGCUCAACUACUACGAACUCCGAAUUUAAGCAUUUCUCUGCUAAUAAUGAGACCUCCCCCCUCCCUAGACUAUAUACUAGCUUAAUAGCUCCAUCCUUGCAAUGGCAGUUGAUUAGCUAGCAGCAUUGAUGUUCAAGACGGGUUCUUAAAUGAGUCUCUAACUAACUUCAUAUAGCACAUUAAUUAUCCCCUGUUACUAUAAAUAUUUGUCAUUAUAUGUAUAUAAAAUAACAACCUGGUUAAAAACUUAAAUGUCAGGCCAAAAUUCCAGGUUUAAAGAAUUAAUGUUAAGCAACUAUAGGUUAUCUGUAGAUCUAUGAUGUGGUAAUAAUUUUUUGUUUCCAUGAAUAAUGUCCAUGCAAUAAUUUAUCUCGACAAUGUUUUAUUUUAUUUCAUCUAUAUUAAUCUGAUCGAGCCGGUCCACUGUAAAAGUAAAGCUUUCCAAUAAUAUUAUGCUCUAUAUACAAAACUCCAAAUUUUAUUUAAAAGUAACAAGAGCGUAGCCAAUUUAAUUUCCCUGACAAGUAAUCAUGCACAUUUCUUGUCUCUAUAUAAAGAACCACAUGAUUCUGCCUUGCUGCAUCAACUAAGUGCCCGAACGAAACACUCCUGAAUUCAAUUUUUGGCAUCACGAAUCUGGUGAAAUGGUGAGGAUAGAUAUUGAGAUUGUUUCAAGAGAAAUCAUCAAACCAUCUUCACCAAUAGUUCAGCAUAAAAAACCCUACAAACUAUCCCUUUUAGACCAGCUUACUCCCGCAACUUACUCCUCCAUUAUUUUCUUCUAUCCAAAUAUGAACGAUGUCAAUUCCAAUAGUAUCACAAAAACCAGAACUGAUCACUUAAAGAAAUCUCUCUCAGAGACUCUUAAUAUCUACUACCCUUUAUCUGGAAGGGUAAAGGAUAACCUUUUCAUUGAUUCUUUCAAUGAAGGAGUUCCAUCCAUUGAAGCCCAAGUUAAUUGUUGCCUGUUCGAUUUCCUUAAACACUUUGAGAUUGAGUCGUUGAACCAUUUCCUUCCCUUCCAACCCUAUUCCAAGGAAGACAUGAAUGCACCUUUGAUGUCAAUACAAGUUAGCAGGUUUACUUGUGGAGGAAUGGCAGUGGGCUUUUCUGCUUCACACAAGCUCGUGGACGGAGCAACAUUUAAGGCUUUCCUUACAGCUUUGACUUUUAUAUCCCGAGGUGAUUGCAAUGAUGUUAAACAACCUGAUUUCGAACAGGCAUCGCCGAUCCUUUUUCCACCCAGAAAUUCACUUCCACAAAACCAUUUAUCACUAAUGGAAACCUUGUGGUUCACGGAAGGAAAUUACAUUACAAGAAGGUUGGUCUUUAAUCCAAAAGCGAUAGCCAUGUUAAGGGCCAAGGCCAAAGCUGGCAGGCCUGAUGCUAAGCCAACUAGAAUUCAAACGUUGACGUGUUUCAUUUGGAAAUGUUGUUUGGCCGCUUCAAAGGCCAUAUCAGGUUCACCAAAACCAUCCAUUUUGGUUGAAGCGGUCGAUCUGCGGUCGCGAACAAAGCCGCCCAUCUCUGACACUUCCACUGGGAAUGUCUUUUGGUGGGCAACUGCACUUGUUAACCCCAUGGGCACAAAAACAGAGUUGCCUGAAUUGGUUAACAUAUUGAAUGAAGCCACUGCACUCUAUGAUAGUGAUUACACACAAACCCUUCAAGGUGGAGAAGGGUUUAAAACCAUGUCUGAAUACUGUAACCAGCUAGAGGAGUUAUUUUCUCUUGAAAAGCCAGAUAUAUUUGCAAUUACUAGCUGGUGUCAUUCUGGUUUCACAAAGACCAACUUUGGAUGGGGAGAGCCCAUCUGGGCUGGUCACAUGGGAAAGGCCGGCUCUGCUUUCAAAAAUCUCACCAUGUUCAUUGAAACCAAAGAUGGUAAAGGCAUUGAGGCAUGGGUCACCUUAGAUGAGGAAAGAAUGACCAUCCUGGAACGUGAUCCUGAGUUCCUGGCUUUUGCAUCUCCAAAUCCCAAGAUUUCUCCCCUCAAUAUCAUCUCUGUGUUAUAAUGAUAAUUAUCAAGAUCAGUUGCUUGGUUGGCUAGAAAUUAAAGAAUGUUAAGUCCUACUACAUUAAUUAAUUAUCAGCAA